UUCUUAUAUACAAAAUGAAUUUUGAACGCGAUAACCUUCCAGCUAACUUAUUGUCAAUUAUAAAAGCUUUGCAUGACUCUUGUCCAGAAUUAAAAAGCAUAGAAUUUGGAGACGACGAUAUUGUUGUUAAUAGAGUUAUUUCGAAAAAUAAUAAAAAAAGACAAAGACAUCAAACGCAAAAAAUAACUCACGAUGAAUUAAAAAAUUACGUUUCACCAGUUGAAACAAUAUUGGAGAUACUUAUUAGUCCGCUCGAAGAAACGAAUAAUGAUUUAACAUAUCAAAAUUCAUCAAAUGAUUAUUUGAAUACAUUGUUAUUUGAUUUAAAGAUUCAGCAGGAAAAAACAGAUGAAGAUACUUGGAUCAACAUAAACUCAAGACUAGAGACAGUUUUCGGUCGGGGUAGAAAAUUAAAAACGCCAGAUGACAUAAAAUAUUUAGAAUUAAUUAAAGCGUUGGAGAACUCGAAAUUUAAUGUUUAUCCAGUUGGUGUGUGGAUUGAAAAGGCUAACUAUUCCUUUAAUACCGGUGAGAAUUUAAAUAUGCAAGUGGAUCAGUCAAUAAGUGAAAUACCUGCUGAAAACAUUAAUGACAAAGAGAAUAAUCAAAUUAAAAAAGUGUGGAAUAAACCAUGGUAUAAUGUUGCUGAUAAAUUACUUAGCCCCAAUAUUACUGAGGAUUCGCUUCAAAUUAGAGUUAAUGACAAUAGCAUCAUUAUUGAUUUGGCGAAAACAAAUGGGAAUACCAAUCUUUUUGAUGAUAGAAAAAUAGAAUUUGGCAACAACUUGAACACAAUUACAAAUGGAUUAAAUAAUUAG